AGGGGGAUAACUUUGUGCUGUACGAGUGUCGGGUGCGUGAAGCCUAGCUCUGACAGCGCACGCAGUAGCCGGGCAUCUAGAUGAUCGGCUAGCGAGCUGAAGGGCUCCAGCUUUGACAUUGCGACUGGUCAAGCGUCGGCAAAUUUUGUCUUCGCGUCGACAGCCCGACGGUCGAUCAAUACCAAAGACGGCUUGGCUUGGCUUCAUCGGCAUCAGCCAUGUCCCACGAAAAGGCAGUGCUCCUGCCGACCACUUCAUCUGCAGCAGGCGUGACAAUCAACAGAGCGUCAACGCGCGAGCUCAGAGCUCGUGCUACAUCCGCCAAACGAGUCGUGCUCUCAAUCUUACUCAUCUGCUUCACGGGCACCUUGCUCCUCCGCGAACGACACCCUGCCUCGGCGACACAUGCAGAACGCUUGCUCUCUGAGAACGUGCUCAUGGAUACUCACAUCGAUCUGCCGGUCAUCUUGAGAUACGCCUACAAUCUCCAGCCGAGCGCGUACAACUUAUCCGACACCGUCAUCGGCGCCGUCGAUAUUCCAAGAUUGAGAUCAGGCAAGCUUGGCGCUUUCUUCUGGAGCGUCUUUGUACCUUGCCCCGCUGAGGACAAUGCCAACUUCACGAUGCCGGCCUACACCGUCAGAGAUACGCUCGAGCAGAUUGACAUCGUCAAGCAAUCCGUGGCUCAGUACUCGUCUACCUUUCGACUGGCCACGUCAGCUGCUGACAUCCAACAAAGCUUCAAGAGCGGCUUCAUCGCCAGCCUGAUGGGCGCAGAAGGCGCUCACCAGCUCGGCAAUUCGCUAGCGGUGCUCCGUCAAUACUACGAAGUCGGAGUGCGAUACCUCACCUUGACACAUACCUGCAACAACGCCUUCGCAGAUUCUGCCGGAACUCAAGAAGAUCCCGCGAAACCCUUGCACCACGGUCUGAGUGCGUUCGGACGCGAGCUUGUACACGAGAUGAACAGACUGGGCAUGCUCGUCGAUGUUUCUCAUACCUCGACGGCCACGGCACAUCAAGUGCUCGAUCAUUCGCUCGCGCCACCCAUCGCAUCUCACUCUGGCGCAAAGGGCGUCUGGGACGUCGUGCGUAAUGUAGACGAUGCCUACCUGCGACGUUUGCGAGAGGGAGAUAGCAAGAGUGGCGAUGGCGUCAUCUCUGUCGUCUUUGCGCCCGAGUUCCUUUCAGAAGGAGAAGAUAGCAAGGGAAGGCUCGGUCAUCCAGCAUCGGUUGCCGAGGUAGCCGAUCAUAUCGACUACAUUGCCAAGAGGGCGGGCAAGACACACGUGGGCAUCGGAUCAGAUUUCGAUGGCGCGAGAACGCCAGAAGGUCUAGAGGAUGUCUCAAAGUAUCCGAGCUUGAUCGAGCAGCUCAUCGAACGUGGCUGGUCUGAUGCAGAUCUCAUCGGUCUCAUGGGAGGCAAUUUUUUACGAGUAUUUAGACAGACGGAGCGAGUACGAGAUUCGCUCAAGCACAUGUUACCCAUCACUACACUUUACAGCAAACGACCCGAUCUGCCCUAUCAUUGGAAUGCCACGACGCUCUGAAUUGAUCCGUCCAGCGGCUCCACAACACGACAUGAUGAUUACUGUGAAGCAUGAUCCUUGGUCACGAGCUUGGCAGACCAGCCAGUCGCCUGCCAGUGUGCAGCACCGCUGUUGAGCAUUAGCAACUUGACGUCAGCGCGGUCGACGAAUGCGAAUAAGGGCGAGACGUACGCAAGAGCUUCUGGGCCAGCAUCGACCUGGGUCAGGAAGAGCGAGCUGGGCACAUUGUGCUUUGUCACAGCCCAGCUGAAAGCGUUGUCAGUCAGCAUGUUUUGAGACCAAAAAAAGCAUCAUGUGGAGACUGACUUGAUGACCUGGGCGAGAUCGCCUUGCCAGCUGUUCUUGUGGGAAAGAUCUUGGCUGCUGACCAAUGAG